AUGGAAAACACAGGAGAGAGAAGCUCUGAGAGGGAUGGGGGGAUUUGUGAUCGACCACUCGAUAGAGGGAAGCAACAGAGGAUUACUGAUUUUUGGAGACCGGAGCACUACUCUCUUCCUCCGUCGGUCUCUAAAACUGACAAUGUCGUCUCUGGUGGAUUAGCUGAAAAGAAUCACCCUAUGGAGGAGGUGAUCAAUGGAGGAAGCAAACAAUCUUAUGCAGCUGCAGCAAAGAAAACUAUGCCGAACAUAGAUUAUCUUCCUGAUCCGAUACAUGAUGGAACCCUUACAAAGAUCAUUAUUCCUCAGGAGGCAUACGAAGAGGAAUUACAAUCUUUCUCUUAUGCUUUGAUUGGGCGGGUUAAUUUUUGCUUUGUCUCGAUGGAUGAAGUGAGGACUGAUGCAAAAAAUGUCUGGAAUUUGAAGGGUAAGGUGAACCAUGCGCCGUUGGGAACAGGAUUCAUUCUUUUCCUAUUUCAAAUUGAGGGAGACAUGGCCUCAAUGUGGAAAAGAGGUCCCGUCAAAGUUAAAGGGAAAGUCAUUAGAUUCCAACGAUGGCAGCCGGAGUUUAGUAUUCAUGAGGACCCUAUUCAGACCAAGCUGGUGUGGAUACGAUAUCUAGAACUUCCCAUGGAGUAUUGGCACGAGAAAAUUCUUCUCUCCAUGGACAAAGCCUCAGGAAGGCCAGUGGAGGUGGAUCAUAGGAUGUUGCAUGGUAUUAUGGGGAGCUAUGCUAGGGUGCUGGUGGAAGUGCCGAUGAGCGGCACCAGAGUGGAGGAAAUCCAGGUCGAAAGGAAACAGCCGGGCAAGGAGGUUUAUUUCUAG